UAUAAUUAACACCACCAUCUUGUAACGGAGAUACUCAUCUUCACCAAUACCUUCGCAUCACUCCGACCACGGUCCAUGCCAAACGCCAUCGGCAUCCCACCAAGCCGCUCACAUGAUGUCCGAAAACGCCCCUCCAACCCAAGCUACGGCCACAAAUACAGAAGCCCAGCGCGGCAUGCCAUACUACGAGCAACUUACACGCGAGCUUAAGAAACUACUCAGUACCAAGCGUGCGCUCGACCAAGAACGCGCCUCUCUCGACGAGCAUAUCUACAAGCUCGAGACGGCUUAUCUCGAAGAGACAACCGCGGGCAACAUCAUCAAAGGCUUCGACAACUAUAUCAAAGGCACCACCUCAUCCACCGCUACGACAGCAGGGACAUCUAGCCGGCGGCGAGGUGGCAUUAACGAUGCCGACCGUAUAUUCAGCCGGAGUAGCACGAAUUUUGCGCGGGCGCAGAGUCUGAGCGCGGAGAGUGGGAUGACGACGCCGAGUGCAGGUGCGGCGACGCCGGCAAGUGUGGGUGUCGACGGGGGCAUGAAGAAGGAAAACAAGAAGAAGAAGAAAGGCGGAAGCGGAGUCGGGGAGGACGACGAAGGAGGCAAGGCGAAGAGGACAAAAAUUGCUUAUGCAUGAAAUGCAUGAAAUGCAUGAAAGUGAGCAAACCGCGCGCCGGGACUGAAGUGCACGAGGGUUUGGUUGUAUGGGAAUUGGGAAUGGUAUGUCGAAGCGCAAGGACUUUGAAUGCGGUGGACAGGACAUACGGCGGUCUUGCCAUCACCAUA